CGGUUGCGCGUGUGCCAUGGACUCAGCCGCCCGGUGAUAUUGACAAUAGGAGAGAGAAAGGGGCAUUGACGGGGACCCACCGCGGGUACCAAAGGGCGGCUCUGGCAGCGGCGGCUCCAGCUCCAGCGGCUCCUCCACCUUCUCCUUCCUUCUCCUGCUGCCGCUGCGGAUCCAGUCUUCCUCCCUCCCUUCCCCCCCUCCCCACGUCGUCGCCGUCGCCGCCGGGUCCGGGGCAACGAGCAGAGGCGCCGCCCGCCGGGAAUGUGAGCGAGGAGCCACCGGCUGAGCCGCUACGGGGUCGGUGCCGAUUUGAUGGGACGGGCCCGCGGGGGAGGUUCUUGAGGCCGCCGCCGCCGCCGCCGGAGCGCUGAGGUUCAGGUCCGGCCGUGAGGCCUAGAGGCGCCGCCGCCGCGGAACCGGAGGGACGCCGCGCCGGACAGCCGUCGCCCCGGGCUCCCUGCCGCUGUCCGGACCUCCCCCCGCACGUCCCGGUCCCGCCACCCGCCCCCGCUGCGGCCCUCUCGCAGGUCUCCCGCCCCUCGAAACCACAGAUCAUCUUCGGAUUCUUCCCCAGAAGCUUCAAGUAGGGAUAUGUCCUCAGCACCAACUACUCCUCCAUCAGUGGAUAAAGUAGACGGAUUUUCUCGGAAGUCCGUCAGAAAAGCCAGACAGAAGAGGUCGCAAAGUUCCUCACAGUUUAGGUCUCAAGGCAAGCCUAUUGAGUUAACACCUCUGCCGCUGCUAAAAGACGUUCCGUCCUCAGAGCAGCCUGAACUGUUCCUAAAGAAACUUCAGCAGUGCUGUGUCAUUUUUGACUUCAUGGACACGCUAUCUGAUCUUAAAAUGAAAGAAUACAAGCGCUCCACUCUUAAUGAACUGGUGGACUACAUUACAAUAAGCAGAGGCUGUUUGACAGAGCAGACUUACCCUGAAGUAGUUAGAAUGGUGUCUUGCAAUAUAUUCAGAACUCUCCCUCCUAGUGACAGCAAUGAAUUUGAUCCAGAAGAAGAUGAACCUACCCUUGAGGCAUCAUGGCCACACUUACAGCUUGUAUAUGAAUUUUUCAUACGAUUUUUGGAAAGCCAAGAAUUCCAACCCAGCAUUGCCAAAAAAUACAUAGAUCAGAAAUUUGUAUUACAGCUUUUGGAGCUAUUUGACAGCGAAGACCCUCGGGAACGGGACUACUUAAAAACAGUCUUACACAGAAUUUAUGGCAAAUUUCUUGGUCUUAGAGCAUUUAUCCGAAAACAGAUUAACAAUAUUUUUCUAAGGUUUGUUUAUGAAACAGAACACUUCAAUGGUGUAGCCGAACUGCUGGAAAUAUUAGGAAGUAUUAUCAAUGGCUUUGCUUUACCUCUUAAGGCAGAACACAAACAGUUUCUGGUGAAAGUGUUGAUCCCUUUACACACUGUCAGGAGCCUAUCACUCUUCCAUGCCCAGCUGGCAUAUUGCAUAGUACAGUUUCUGGAGAAAGAUCCUUCACUCACAGAACCAGUUAUUAGGGGGUUAAUGAAAUUUUGGCCUAAAACAUGUAGUCAAAAAGAGGUCAUGUUCCUUGGGGAGCUGGAAGAAAUAUUGGAUGUGAUCGAACCCUCCCAGUUUGUUAAAAUCCAAGAACCUUUGUUUAAACAAAUUGCCAAAUGUGUAUCUAGCCCCCAUUUUCAGGUGGCGGAAAGGGCACUGUAUUAUUGGAAUAAUGAAUACAUCAUGAGUUUGAUAGAAGAAAACUCGAAUGUCAUCCUUCCCAUCAUGUUUUCCAGUCUUUAUAGGAUUUCAAAAGAACAUUGGAAUCCGGCUAUCGUGGCGCUAGUGUAUAAUGUGUUGAAGGCAUUUAUGGAGAUGAACAGCACCAUGUUUGAUGAGCUGACAGCCACAUACAAGUCAGAUCGUCAGCGUGAGAAAAAGAAAGAAAAGGAACGUGAAGAAUUGUGGAAAAAACUGGAGGAUCUGGAAUUAAAGAGAGGUCUUAGACGUGAUGGCAUAAUUCCAACUUAACAGAAAUAACGACAGCAGCAUCACUAACCUGUGGAGUCACACAUUUAUGUAGUAGAAGAUGGGAGGAACAGUUUUCUGUAUUGUGCACCUUUGCAGUAGAUUUCACAUUUGUUUCAUUAUUACAACAGCACUGUAUAUACCUGUCUCUAAGUAAAGGAAAAAAAAAAAAAAGGACUUCAGUCCAAAGUUUGGACAGUAGAUGGACUUCUCAGAACUUUGCAAACAUAAUCAUUGUUCUAACCCUCUUUAAAAAAAAAAAAACACAAAAAAACAAAAAACA